AUGCCGAGCAAUAAGGACCCCUUCUCACUGAUGGCCAUGUGGGGCUCCGUGAGGAGCUACGACCCAAGGCGGGGGGCUAGCUUUGAGGGACCGGAAAAACGCCUGGAGGUCAUCAUGCGUUUUCUUGACGAAACCCACGUGGACGGCCUUCACGCCCUUGGAGACGAGGUGUGGACAGUUGUCGUGGGCUCAUUAAAUGCUCAAAUUGUGUCCAAGGAAAGUAAUGAGUACAUUCGCUCUUAUGUACUUACGGAAAGCUCGCUGUUUGUUACGCGGGAGCGCAUAGUUCUGAUCACGUGCGGCACAACGACUCUGCUUAAUGCGGUUCCGCACGUUUUGGGGGCGGUGAGUGAUGUGCGUGGGGAGGUGGAAUGGGUCUCCUUUAUGCACAAGAACUACAGCUUUCCGUGGGAGCAGAAGGGGCCACACCUCUCCAUGGCAGAGGAGUUCAAUUCCCUCAAGACCUACUUUCCAUCGGGCAAACCUUUUAUAUUUGGUCCCGUGGACAGUGAUCAUUACUUUCUGUUUGUGUAUGAUGACAUUAUUCGUCCAAGCGAGACCGAGACUGACAGCCAGUUAAGCAUGACAAUGUACGGCCUAGAUCCCGCGCAGACGGCGCAUUGGUAUUCCGACCGGUUUAUCUCGACAGGCCAGGAGACGGCUGCUAUCCGUCAGGCGACAAAGCUGGACAAGGUAGCAGAUGGCUCAUGGAAGGUGCACGACUUGCAAUUUGAGCCUUGUGGGUAUAGCGUGAACGCCAUCCGUGGUUCGGAAUACCAAACGAUUCAUAUCACACCAGAGGAACACUGCUCUUUUGCCUCCUAUGAGACGAAUACGCCUGUUGGCAACUACGCGGAACGAAUAAGCACCGUGCUGGGCGUUUUUUCUCCACAACGUUUCUCAGUGAUUGUGUUCCUUGACCCCGACAGUGCUGCCGGAAAGCUGUACCAGCGGGGGGAAAACGUUGGGGUGGAAGCUGAGUACUACCCAGGAUACGAACUGCAAAACCGCACCGUCAAUGAAUUUGCUCCAGGGUGUGUGGUGCUGAAGAUGAAUUACGCACGGAAAACGGCAGACGCCGAGGCAGAUCCCACCGCCGCUGUGGAAGCCUAG